AUGUCCCUCCACCCCGCUGUGAACACUAGGGCUCCCCCAUUACUGCCUCCCCUGGGACACCGGCUCAUCCAGCUGUGCACCCACGGGUUGGGGCCACCCCUUCCACCCCCCAGAUGUGUAGACUGCCCAGCUUGGAGAAGGGAUGCCCCCCGCCCACCUCCUCUGCCUGCCCCAGGGACCUGGAGACACAGCCACCCCUUCCAGAAAGCCCAGGAGGAGGAAGAGGAGGAGGAUAAAUAUGAGCUGCCCCCCUGUGAGGCUCUGCCCCUCAGUCUGGCUCCUGCCCACCUUCCUGACACGGAGGAAGACUCUUUGUACUUGGAUCACCCCCUGAGCCCAUCCAAGUCACCACCACCGCAGCCCCAGCCCGCAAUGCUGAAGGCAGCGCUGAGCCUGCAGGAGGCCGUCACACAGGGCCAGUUCGGGAGGCGAGAGCUGGGAGCACCAGCCAGAGUGGUGCCAGGGCCUCCAAAGAAACCUGAUGAGGACAUCUACCUGGAGUGUGAGCCCAAUCCAGUCCCAGCCUUGACUCAGACUCUGAGCUCCCAAGUCCUGAUGCCCCUAGUCCCUGUGCCAAGGACAUCAGUAGUGCCCAGGCCCACUCCAGCCCCCCAGGAAGCUCGGAAUGGAGCAGCGAAUCCCACCUCUAAAGGGUCUGCACCAAAGCAGGAAACUCCCAGCCUAUACCUCAAGAUCAUCCCUCAUUUGGAGGUCACGUGUGGCCUAGCUGGAAGGAGAUCCUCUCUUUCCUCUGUAGCCCCCACCCGGAGCACCUCAGCUGCUGAGGACGGCAGCCUGCUGGGUCAGCCUUGGUACUCAGGGAACUGUGACCGUCAUGCUGUUGAGAGUGCCCUGCUCCGAUUCCAAAAGGACGGGGCCUACACCGUGCGGCCCAGCUCAGGGCCUCAUGGCUCCCAGCCCUUUACGCUGGCAGUGCUUCUCCAUGGCCGGGUCUUCAACAUUCCCAUCCGGCAGGUGGAUGGUGGGCGCCACUAUGCCCUGGGCCGGGAGGGCAGGAACCACGAGGAGCUCUUCUCCUCGGUGGCCGCCAUGAUCCAGCACUACGUGCAGCAUCCCUUGCCCCUCGUGGACAGGCACAGCGGCAGCCGGCAGCUCACCUGCCUGCUCUUCCCCACCAAGCCCUGACGACGCCACAGCGGGUGUACACAUCCACCUCUGGCCCCAGGCCUCCCAAGCCGCGCUGGAUGAUGUCCUUCCUCAGGAAGCUGAGCCUCAGGGGGACAGCACAGGCACUGCUUGGACACAAAGAGAAUCCUCUCACAUCCUCUUGGCGGCUUCACACAGGGCUGGCAUCUGGGACAGACUUGGUUGCCCUGUGCGUAGUUCACUUUCAAUAAAUAUUUGUUGAAUGAAUUCUUGA